AUGUCCUUGACCUGCCCUGUGGGUCCGGAGAGGGGACUGCUGCAGCCUUCCCCAGAGGCCUGCCGACGUGUGUUCCUCGACUCCCCGAUCCUCUGCCCGCGCCGGUACAACGCCUUGUUUGGGCUUGAGGCCGAUGGUAUGCCUGCCGUGGUCCUGGACAUGACCUAUGGCCUCAGCGAAACAAAGUCGCGUGCCCGGCAAGCAGACCGUGCAACCCGAGGCAACAACCUGCUGAAGGAGCGCUUGGAUCAGAUUUGCAAGGAAGCCGAGGCCGCGAUUCUCGGCGAUGGCGCGGCCAUCCUCGUUCUGUCGCACCGCCGCGCCAGUCAGAGUCGUGUUCCAGUCAGCUCCUUGCUGGCCGUGGGCGCAGUACACCAGGACCUCAUUGCCAAGAAGCUUCGAGCCAAGGUGGCCCUGGUGGUCGAAGGGGCGGAUGCCCACGAGAUCCACCACUUCUGCUGCCUCCUGGGAUUCGGCUGUGAUGCGAUCUACCCCUACCUCUGCUACCUCAGCCUGCUACGUGUCCGGGGCACCGACCUCCCGCUGAACCAGCGCAUCGAGAACUUCCGCAAGGCCUCCGACGGAGGCAUCUUGAAGGUCAUGAGCAAGAUGGGAAUCUCCUGCCUCCAGAGCUACAAGGGCGCUCAGCUCUUCCAGGCCGUGGGCAUGGACAAGGAAGUCAUCGCCAAGUGCUUCACUGGAUGCAAGUUCGUGCUGAAUGGUGCAGGCUUCAACAUCUUCGAGAUGGAUGCGAUGGAGUUGCACAAGAUGGCCUUCCCAGACAGGCCUCAGCCGCCUCUUGUCGACAACGAGGUGGAAGAGUUGGAGGACUUCGGCGAGUAUCACUUCCGCAGCAUCCACGAGACCGAGAUCCACAUGAACACACCGGAUGUCAUCUACAAGAUGCAGGAGGCGGCACGGUCCAACUCCACUGAGGCCUACAAGAUGUUCUCCACAUGGCAGAACAAGAUCACUGAGCAGACGGAGAUUCGUGGACAGCUCGAAUUCCUGUCCGAAGAGUGCGACCCGAUUGACAUCUCCGAGGUGGAGCCAGCUGUGGAGAUCGUGAAGCGCUUCUGCACCGGCGCCGCCUCCUUCGGAUCCAUCUCCGACGAGGCCCACCGGGCCAUGGCCGUCGCCAUGAACCGCAUCGGUGGCAAGAGCAACACCGGUGAGGGCGGCGAGGACCCGAUGCGCUUCACACAGCUCGAGAAGGGCGAGUUCGAGGCCGGCGGAGCCAAGUGGGACAUCGUCAAUGGAGACUCCUUCCGCUCGAAGAUCAAGCAGGUGGCCUCCGGCCGCUUCGGUGUCACCGCGGAGUACCUGGCCAAUGCAGAGGAGCUGCAGAUCAAGCUGGCGCAGGGCGCGAAACCGGGAGAAGGAGGUGAGCUGCCAGGCUACAAGGUCAUCGGCAAGAUUGCCGAAACCCGCAAAGCCACGCCCGGCGUGGGCUUGAUCUCCCCGCCUCCUCACCACGACAUGUACUCGAUCGAGGACGUGGCGCAGCUGAUCAAGGAUCUGAAGAAUGCCAACCCAGCAGCACGCAUCUCCGUGAAGCUGGUGGCCCGACUUGGCAUUGGCGUCAUCGCCUCCGGCGUCGUGAAGGGCAAGGCGGACCACCUCACCAUCUCGGGCAUGUCCGGUGGUACCGGCGCCGCGAAGUGGGGUUCCAUCAAGCACUGCGGCCUUCCUUGGGAGAUCGGCCUGGCGGAGACGCACCAAACCUUGGUCCUCAACGGCCUCCGUAACCGAGUGACCUUGCAAACAGAUGGCCAGGUGCGAACAGGUCGGGAUGUUGUGAUCGCGGCCAUGCUGGGUGCCGAGGAGAUUGCCAUGACGACUGCUCCGCUCAUCACCCUCGGAUGCAUCAUGAUGAGGAAGUGCCACUUGAACACCUGCCCUGUGGGCGUGGCGACGCAGGAUCCGGAACUGCGCAAGAAGUUCACAGGACAGCCGGAGCACCUCAUCAACUACCUCUUCAUGGUCGCUGAGGAGGCCCGCGAGAUCAUGGCUUCGCUGGGAAUCAAGAAGUUCAACGAUCUCAUCGGACGCACCGAUCUCCUCCGACCCAAGGGAUAUCUCAAGGACAACCCGAAGACCGCCGACUUGGACUUCGCGGACCUCCUGAAGCCGGCCUGGACCAUGGAGAACUCCAUGAGCAACAUCGCCGAGCUGCCGAUGUAUUGCUGCGAGCCGCAAGACCAUGAGCUGGCUCAUGCCUUGGACCAGAGCCUCAUCUCCCGCUGCGCCCCGGCGCUGCAGGACAAGGAGAAGGUCCACCUGAAGGGCAUCAACAUCAACAACGUUGACCGCUCAGUGGGAGGCAUCCUCAGUUUCGAGGUCAGCAAGAAGUUCGGUGCAGUUGGACUCCCCGAUGGCACCUUGCACGUGUCCUUCAUUGGCAGCUCAGGACAGUCUUUCGGUAACUUUUUGGCUCCUGGUAUCACUUUCGAGCUGGAGGGCGAUGCCAACGACUACAUCGGCAAGGGCCUGAGUGGAGGCACGCUGGUCGUGUACAAGCCCAACCAGGCUCCGUAUGCGUCGCACGACGCCAUCAUCGCGGGCAACGCUGCGCUCUACGGAGGCACCGCCGGCAAGGCCUUCUUCGCCGGUAUCGCUGCCGAGCGCUUCGCCGUGCGAAAUUCCGGGGCGACGGCGGUCUGCGAAGGCGAGGAGCUCCCAAGAGAUCGGAGCUAA